AGCGGCACCGGCUCCCGACGUGCUGCGCCACCACGUUGGAGGACUGCGCCCGUGACGUCAGCGGGGGGUGGGCGGGGUCAGCGAAGUGAAGGAGCGCUUGGCUGCCAAAAGGAGGGAGACGGAGGAGAGGAGCUCGAGGCAGGAAGCGAUGCUCCGUGUCGUCGGAUUCAGCCUUGGAUGAAUUGCUUCGCGUCGUCGAAUAUUUUUUAAGUACGAACAAGUUGGACUUGAUUUGGUCUUUAAAAAAACAAAACAAAACAAAACAUAAUUGUAUUCGUACAUCAGCAACUCUUCUGAAAUUUGGAGCGUUUCAUGCCUGGUGGAAGAAGACCGACCUCCCUCGUUGGCUGUCCCCGCCACCCGAACUCUUUACCCGGCGUUAGCUGUGAUGCGUGAGUGGCGCUCUUUGGUGGGCUGAAGGCACCGAGAAAGCGGCCCCAAGUCACGCAGGGAGGGGUGGGGGAUCCGGGAGCAUGGCUCCGGUGCCGCUGUCCCUCUGGCUGCUUAUUACUACUCUCACCUGGGCCAACCUGCUCCAGGUGUCCGCCAACAGGCACUCCAUAUACUGGAACAGCUCCAACAUUCAUCUGCGCCGUGAGGGCUACACCAUGCAAGUGAAUGUCAACGACUAUCUGGACAUCUACUGUCCCCACUACAACAACAGCCAGUACAUGGUGGGCACCAGCGAGCAAUACGUGCUCUACAUGGUCAGUUACCGUGGUUACAGGAGCUGUGACCCCCAGAUGGGCUUCAAGAGGUGGGAGUGCAACAGACCCCACGCCCCCCACGCGCCCAUCAAGUUCUCGGAGAAGUUCCAACGCUACAGCGCCUUCUCGCUGGGCUACGAGUUCCAUGUCGGACAGACGUAUUACUACAUAUCCACGCCCACCCAUCACCACGGCCGCAGCUGCCUGAGACUACGCGUGUACGUCUGUUGCGCCAAAGCCUCCGAUGUGGAUGAUGAGGCAGAACCAACAGAGGCAGACUACACGUUUACACCAGGCCUAAACAUUGACGACAACGAUGAAUUCAACCCUUCCGUCCCCAAGUUGGAGAAGAGUGUAAGCGGAAGCAGUCCGAGCCGGGACCGCCUGCUGCUCACCGUCGCCAUGCUGCUGCUGCUCUUUGUCUCCUAGCAACGGCCAUCACAUCAGCGUCACCAUGCCGACGAGCCUUUUGGAGGGUGUGUGCUAUCAGCGGACGGGACAUUGAGGAUGCUGUGAGGGAAUAAGCGGUAGAAAAUGGAUGGAUGGAUGGAUCUGUAUGUGUGUGUGUGUGUGUGAGCUGAAUGAAUCUUGCAAGCCACAUGACGCAUUUAUAAAAGUGGCAACAUUAGACCCAAGUCGUAGAAAAACACAACAACACAUUAAAUCGCAUUUCCAGGACUUUCUUCUGGAUCUGAUUGACUGCUUCACUUCCUGUGGGUUGUUUGCGAAAGUAGACGUGUUGAACUCAAGGCCACGUCAUCAUAUGGAUUUUUCGCGGGGAGUGAUUUUUUUUUUCCCAUCCGUUCGGGACUUGUUUGCAAGAAGAAUAUCACGUCGGCAAACACACCCGUUUUGUCAUCGCCACGCUGCUUUCGACUUCGAGCGUCUGUCUGCGGUGGAGAAAGUCUGAAGCCUUUAAAGCAUUUCAACGGCAGAGAUGGAAGCACUCGGUAGCCGCCGGAGCAUCCCAUUUGCAUGUGCACACUCAGCAAUACUGCCCCCUCUUGGUGGGAGGAGGAGGAUGUGCGGAAAAGGGGACCCUUGUUGGCGUCGCCGUGCUCUGCCAAUCUCAUCGUGCAGUUCUUUGCUAUGUACCGUGCGUGUGUGUGUGUGUGUGUGUGUGUGUGUGUGUGUGAGAAAGCGAGGGGGGGGGGGUACUGACAGCACAUGCAGGGGUGGGCAACCAUUCUCAAAAUAUAUCCCGCAGUUAAAGCGCACAUAAGACGUUAAAUCUAGAUAAAUAAUCAUCUUUGGCGCCCCCUAUGGGUUGCUGUUAGAAUUAUUUGGAUGACAUGCUAGCAGACAUGUAAAACAGAUGUAUCGAAGUUUAUGGUAAAUGGGUUGUACUCGUAUAGCGCUUUUCUACCCCUUUUUAAGGGAGCCCAAAUCACUUUGACAGUAUUUCAACAUUCGCCCAUUCACACACACAUUUAUGGCUGGAGCUGCCAUGCAAGGCGCUAACCAGGACCCAUCAGGAGCAAGGGUGAAGUGUCUUGCCCGAGGACACAACGAACGUGACUAGGAUGGUAGAAGGAGGGGAUUGACCCAGUAACCCUCAGAUUGCUGGCACAGCCACUCUACCAACUUCGCCACGCCGUCCCUAGCUAGACCAAGAUCAAUGACUAAACGCCCAUUUUUCUUCCCGGCGACCAUGUUUUUAAAUAAUUCCCGUUUAAAUUUGACACACCUGUGCAUGUCAGCCCCCUAAAGGUGUGUGGCAAAUAGGACUGGGCGAUAUAGGCUGAAAAGUUGGUCAGUAUAUAACCGUUUUAUAUAAGUCAAUAUUUAUUGAUAUUUUUUAUGACUAAUGGAAAAUGAGGACAAGGAGAAAAAUAUAUGAAAUGUUUUAUUUUGAAUGUGACUUUCCGAUACGUAUAAUCAUCUCAGCUAUCAAGGCAGAAGGAAGGGAAAUGUCAACACAAUCUUGGAAAACACUCAAACAAUGUAAAAACAAUUUUGUUGAAACACCCCAAAGUUAUUUUGCAAAGUUUGUUGAGCUGUGUGAGAAAUUUCAUGUCCAACUCAGACUUUGGCGGCUUUAUAAUGGCACUACAAUGUGAAUGCUAUUUUUAAAUAAAUAUAUAUAC